UAGACAUGGGAGGUCUUCAGAAGGAGUUCUUCCAUUUGAUCUGCCAGAAAGUCUUUGAUCCUGCUUAUGGAAUGUUUGCUUACUCAGAGGAAACAAGGAGCUUGUGGUUUAAGAGUUCUGAGACUGACAAUGAAGAUGAGUUUGAGAUGGUUGGUAUUGUUUUGGGCCUUGCUCUGUACAAUGGUGUGAUACUGGAUGUCAGGUUUCCCAAUGCCUUGUAUAAAAAACUGCAGGCCCUGCCACUGAGCCUGGCAGACCUGAUGGAUGCAGACCCUGCUCUUGGCCAUGGUUUAAUGGAGCUGCUGAACUACGAGGGAGAUGAUAUAGAAGACGUGUUCUGUCAAUCAUUCCAGGUAUCCGUCCAGUCUUAUGACCUCACCACAGAAGUAGACUUAGUUCCCAAUGGAGCUGACAUUCCAGUUACACAGAAGAAUAAACACCACUUUGUGAGAAGAUAUGUGGAUUAUUUACUGACUGAGAGCAUUGCCAAACAAUUUGAAGCUUUCAGCAGGGGUUUCCACUCUGUGUGUAGGAAGGAGUCCCUAGCACUGUUCAGUCCUGAUGAAAUAGAGUUGCUUGUGUGUGGAAGUACAGAGCUUGAUUUUGAAGCAUUGGAGAAAUCUGCAGCAUAUGAUGACGGAUACUAUGUGAGUCACAGGACAGUCAGGGCAUUCUGGGAAGUAGUGCACCAGAUGACCCAUGAUCAGAAAAGGCAGCUAUUACACUUUAUCACAGGGAGUGAUAGAGUCCCACUCAAGGGACUGUCCCAUUUGCCAAUAGUCAUACAGCGUAAUGGCGGAGACUGUGACAGGUUGCCCACUGCAAUGACUUGUUUCAAUCGUCUUUUGCUUCCAUCUUACGCCACCAAAGAGAAGCUACAAAGUAAACUGAUGGUUGCCAUAGAGCACGGAAAGGGGUUUGGAUUGACUUGAUUGACAACUUACGGGUCACUUUUUAUCAGGCAGCAACACUUUGUCUCAGAUCCAGCUGACUUUGUGAUCAGGGGAAACAAUUGUGUGUUUUAUAGUGCAUGUACUUGUUGCCUGCUUGUAUAAAUAACUAUGGAACAAGACAAGAAUGACAUUUUUUCAUUGGUUUGUUUGUUUUAAUAGUAACUAUUAAUUACUGUGUGCAAGGUUCUCUUGCCAGUAUGAAGUGUAGGGACAGGGGUGAGAUUAAUUAUACAUUACUCAUUAUAUCAUUAUAAAUAUGUUGUUUUUAUUCUAAUGUACACAAAGCAAAAGUUAUGCAUAUGUAUAUAUAUUAUUUAUGCACUUGGUCACCAGCUUAUGGUUGAUGUGAAUCUCACAAAAGAGCUUGACUUUGUUAUUCAAUUUAUUUAUUGCAGUGUUAAGGUUUAAGUCAUUUUUGUUAAAAAGCUUGUAAAAAAGUGAUUUUA